AUGCACGCUUUAUUUGGAGAACAAAGCCAUUACGCAUACCGCAGCGGAGCUGCAGGAGGUUAUUCUGCUGGAGUUACUCCUUACGCUUACGAUCAAUACAGAUAUGGAUACGGACCACCUUACCUUCAUCCGCAUCAACAGCAUGUCGGAACACCGAAAGAUAUGGUCAAACCUCCCUAUUCGUAUAUUGCACUGAUAGCAAUGGCAAUUCAAAAUGCACCCGACAGGCGAAUAACCCUCAAUGGUAUAUACCAAUUCAUUAUGGAACGUUUUCCUUAUUAUAGAGAAAAUAAACAAGGGUGGCAAAAUUCAAUACGACACAACCUGAGUCUUAACGAAUGUUUUGUUAAGGUUGCAAGGGACGAUAAAAAACCCGGCAAAGGAAGUUAUUGGACGUUGGAUCCAGAUUCUUAUAACAUGUUUGAUAAUGGAUCUUAUUUGAGACGACGUCGCCGUUUCAAAAAAAAAGAUGCCCUUAAAGAAAAAGAGGAAGCUUUAAAACGCCAACAACAAUUACAGCAAGCACAAGAACUGGCGGCACAGGAAGCUCUUAGCGCUGCUGAUGCUUUAGGACAAGCGCGAGACGUCAAGCCCGACGUAAAACCUAGAAUAUUUGAAUGUAGACCAAAACGAGAACCCGGUGCGGAUUGCACGCGGUAUGACAAAUUAAGUGAGCCUAUAGACGAGUUUAGCGAGCCUCGAUUACCGCCCUCCGCGGUUUACUGCUCGCCACAGCCAUAUUCUUUAGCAGCCGAAGAGUUUCGAGCAGCUACAAGCGGGUGGUAUUCUGCACCUGAACCACCAGCCGACCAGCUUCCGCCAGCUUUUCGGGACCUCUUCGAACCGCCAAGUUGCCAGUUGGCGGGAUACCGCGGCAGUUCACCGGCACCCGACGCUUACCGCGCUUCACCACCACCUCACCACCACUACCGUUCGCCAGCUCCAUCCUACUACCAUCAUCAAGCUUGCGUAGCCGCCGCACCCGCCUCUGCUCAUAAAUCCUACUGA